GUCGACAGUCGACACACUUCCUCUCUGAAUGAAAUGCGCAUGCGUUUGAGGUUCAAACACUUUAGUUAGCAAGAUCUCGGCCAUUUACGCUUUCCCCUUAGCGGUGACCAAACACAAAGACAAUGACACAGCCUGCAGACUCUAUUCUACACAGCGGUUACUUUCACCCCACUCUCCGAUACUGGCAGACCUGUGCUUCAGACCUUAGACCAGAUAACCUCAUUUAUCCUGUCUUCAUUACUGACAGUCCUGAUGCAGUGGAACCAAUUGCAAGUCUACCUGGUCAAGCAAGAUAUGGUGUUAAUAAGAUAGAGGGUUUACUUCGUCCCCUUGUGGAUAAAGGCCUGAAGUGUGUGCUGAUUUUUGGAGUUCCUGCAAAAGUUGCGAAGGAUGAGAGAGGCUCCGGGGCAGACACAGAUGGCACUCCUGCAGUCCUGGCUAUGAAGAAACUGAGGAGCACAUUCCCUGAUCUUGUGCUGGCCUGCGAUGUGUGCCUUUGCCCCUACACCUCUCAUGGCCACUGUGGAAUCCUGCGUGAAGAUGGCAGCUUGGAUAACGCUGCUAGCUGUUUGAGGUUGGCUGAAGUAGCUCUGGCUUAUGCUCGAGCAGGCUGCCAUAUUAUCGCUCCUUCAGAUAUGAUGGAUGGACGAAUUGCAGCCAUUAAGCAAGCACUAAUCGCCAAUGAUUUUGGCAACAAGGUGUCAGUGCUGAGCUACAGUGCUAAAUUUGCCUCCUGCUACUAUGGGCCAUUCAGAGAUGCUGCUCAGUCUAAACCUGCUUUUGGGGACAGGCGAUGUUAUCAGCUUCCCCCUGGUGCCAGAGGACUAGCUCUGCGGGCCUGUGACCGGGAUGUAAAAGAAGGUGCUGACAUGCUGAUGGUGAAACCUGGAUUACCAUACCUUGAUAUUGUGAGAGAGGUUAAGGAUAAGCACCCUACUCAUCCACUGGCAGUGUACAAUGUAUCAGGCGAGUUUGCCAUGUUGUGGCAUGGAGCUGAAGCUGGAGCUUUUGACCUGCGCACCGCAGUUAUGGAAGCUAUGACUGCCUUCCGUCGAGCAGGAGCUGACAUCAUUAUCACUUACUACACUCCACAAUUGCUCACAUGGCUAAAAGAGUAAUGGUUCUCCUAUAUGAAUUAACUUGGAUAAAAGUAAAUGUACUGUCUCACCCUGAGAGAGAAGAUGGAAUUAGAAAUAAAUCAGAUAAGCAAAUAUUAC